GUCGACUCCGCCCUCGCAUUGUAACGUCAGCGAACCCUCACUAUGGAAACCAAAUUGCGCUACGUAAACAAGUAACAGGUUAUUACGCUAGUGUUAAUCUUCGCUUUAGAAAUUAAGGACAAACGAGAAAGAGAUUCACUUUAUUGAACUAUGGAGGUGUUACCGGAGGCGGAUUGUGAAGAAGACGCUACUAUAACAGAUGAAGAAGAGAGACUUACACACAUAGCAAAGCCAAGACCUCAAGUGGACCUUUCCAAAAGUCCAUCCUCAUACAAGGAGAACUCCUCACAGGAGAAGCUCAUGCUUGCGAUGGCUGAAAACUUCCGUCAGCAGUAUGCGCUUUUAUAUCCUGACAACAAACCGCUUCUUCUGUGCCCUGUAAAUGAGUGCGGUGUUCAGAAAUUUGUAAGCACCACCUUGCGAAGCACCUUGCUGCCGUAUCCUGAGCUGUACAGCUGGGAGGGAUGUGCCAGUUUUGUGUCUGAUUAUCUCUCUUUGGAGCUCUUGGAUCCAUCAUUUGAAUUUCCCAAGCAGCUGUCAUCGCCCACCUGGGUUCUGCAGACUCAGAGAGGCACAUGUUUUGAUUUCUCCAGUGUGCUGUGUAGCCUGUUGUUGGGCGCAGGAUACAACGCUUACUGCGUCAGUGGGUACGCUACAAAAGAGAUGUGUCUUUUCGAUCAGUCGCGCCAAGAAUGUCCCUUACUGGAGCCUCAAAUCCAAGGUAAGACAGAGGGACAGAAGAAGACAACGCGGAAAUACUCUGUGAAACCCACACGCGACCUGCACAGCACAUUUGAAAAGCGUCAAGAGGAGAAACGGAACUCAGAAGCUAAAGCAGCUGCACUGAAGGAGCAACUGGAAGCAGAGAGACUUCAGAAGGAGAAAGAACGUCCACCACCCGACCCUCUUCUGGGCUUGAGAGUUCACAGCUGGGUUCUGGUGCUCUCAGGGAACCGGGAGGUACCUGAGAACUUCUUCAUUGACCCUCUGACAGGCAAGAGCUACUCCACCACCAAUGAGAACUUUCUGGGCAUAGAGAGCGUCUGGAACCAUAAAAACUACUGGGUCAACAAGCAAGAUUGCACUUUCGGUUGUAAGGAGAUGACCUUUGACAUGGGCGAUCUAUCAAAGUGGGAGUAUAUGCUGUGUGGGCUUACCAGCCAGUCUAUGUCAAACAUUUCGGAGCCAACGACACACCAAGAGUCAGAAGAUGAAGAAGAAGAGGAAAUGGAUGAGCUGAAAAUGUUUGAAAUGCCUCCAUCUUGGGUGAAUAAAAUAGAUAUUUCACCACAAGAUAUGGAAAUGCGUUAUCCAGGCGGUAUGAAGGUUAUCCAGUACAGGAAGGCCAAGCUGGAGAAGUUUGCCCCUUACCUUCUGAAAGACGGUCUGGUGACCAAACUCACCAUUUAUAAAGACCUUAAUUGCACACAACCCAGCACUAUUAAGGAAUGGUUUAAACACAGAAGUGACUGUCUUGAUGAGAGAGAAAUACACACAGACAGCAAUGUGACAUCUGAGAAUUUCGGGCCUGGAAGAAGUGAUGCUUUGAGAUACCACAGGUACGUCACUUUAGUUCCUGAGGCUGAGCGACAGAUGGACUUUUAUAGUCAUACUCGCACUGACGGUCUAGCCAGAAGAAUCGAGAAGCCUUUCGAAAUGACAGAAACCUUUGAAGAUCGGACUGACUUCCUCUUUUAUCGACAUGUUGUUUAUGGAAAGCAAAUCAAAGUGAUUCGGGCUGGAGAGGCUUUUGAACAACGGCCUCUAAGGAGGGUGGAGGAGCGGUUCCACAGAGAUCCUUCUAAGCCGGCAAGUAAAGAUGUGGCUGAACGGAUCUUUAUGAUGCCUGAUAGACAGAUCCGGGUGACCUAUCAUCUAGAGGACGACAGGAUCAUCCCAGCUUGGCUCAACUUCAUCAAGCCCAAAGAAGCGGCAGACUCGCAGAAAGCAGAAGCUUUUACUCCACAGAUGGUUUCUGGCUUUCAGGUGGAUCGUUCUGCGAAACCCUACAACAACUUGCAGUUGUAUGAAAUGCUUGUGGAAUUGAUGAAAGACGAGGAGAACGUUGAACUUCAAAUCAGAGAUUCGGAAAAAGAGGUUAAAUCCAUCCUAUCUUUGAGAGAAAAUGAGGAAAGUAAUACUGAUCUGCUCAUCUCUAUAUACAACACUAUGAGGAACAAGAUGGCCCAUCAGCACAUGGAAGAUAUGGAACGGAUGGCUAAAGAAAAGCAGCAGCGGCAGAAAGAGAAAGAGCUGGACCUGUUGGCUCCAUUCCAGGCCCGACUGGGACAACCAGAAGCCCUCACGCUCCAGGAAGCACUCCAGCUGAAAACAGACUGUCUGACUGAAUUUAAACAGCAGCUUAAUAACAAAACCAGCCUCAUCCAGAGCAGAAUCGCAAAGGAGACAGAGGAGUUUCAGAAGAAGCAGCAGUGGUACCAGAAGAAUAAGCUCAACUUGACCGUUAAAGACGAGGACGAUUACCUCACCUACUGCUCUGACGCCAAGUUCAGGAUCCACAUUCUCAAUAUGAGACUCAGUCGACACAAGGAGAGGGCACCUCAGAAGUAUCUGGAGCUGGAGGAGAAACUAAAAAGACAUCCAAGACCUCCAGGAUGUCAGAUGCCUUGUGAGCAGUGGCUACAGCAGUACGGCAGUACUUACAUCCUGUAAGUGCGAUACAUUAUUCUGUCCAUGGAGGGCAGCGAAGAAAAGAAAGGAAUAGUAAGAGGAGAAAAGAGAGGCUCAGGAUUAAGAAACUACAUGCAAUGACAAGAGGAUAGAACGAGACAGACAGAAUUAGACUAUGGCCGCAUACAAAGUAUUAUUACACAUGGGUGAAGAAUUCCCAUUUUGGCCAACUUGCCCAUAUAAUACCCUUGCAUUUCAAAUGAUCA